AUGACUGGUAUGGUAAGGAGUGAGGAGAUGGUGCUUUGCGACGUGUAUCUGCAGCCUGAAGCAGCAUUCGACAUCGUGUCUCGAUUCGGAGAAAUGGGCUGCUUGCAGUUUUUGGACGCUAAUCCAGAUGUAAAGCCUUAUGAAAGAAACUAUGUUGCGGAAGUUUGCCGCUGUGCCGAGAUGGAACGUCGACUUCGUUAUAUGGAAGGCGAGAUGAGAAAGGACAGUAUUAAAAUCCCUGGUCUCGACCACGACCCUCCGGCAUUACAACCGCACGAAAUGUCCCAGUUUGAAAACUCUCUAGAAAAGUGGGAGGCUGAUAUCUUGGACAUGUCUGAAAAUCAAACAAAUCUAUUAAACAACUAUUUAGAACUGAGAGAAAUGUCAUACUUAUUGACACAAAUCGGACCCUUACUUGGAGAUGCUGAAUUGUCUCCGGAUACUCUUUUAUCAAGGAAGGGCGGCGGAGAAACAGCCACUGCUGGUCGUCUGGUAGUAUUGUCCGGUGUUGUACACCGAAACAGGAGUUAUCCUUUUCAGAUGAUGCUCUGGAGGGUAUCACGAGGAAAUAUUUACUACAGACAAGCGUCAGAAGAUGCCAUAUUGCUGGACCCGAGCACGGGCAAGGACAUACGGAAAGUAGCGUUCCUUGCGAUAUGUCAGGGGGAACAGUUAAGUUCUCGAAUGGAGAAAGUAUGUGCCGGUUUUCGAGUGAACGUCUAUCCUUGUCCUGAGACGAAAGACGAACGUCUAAUGAUGACAAUGAAGCUUUACACAAGGGUUUCUGAUUUAGAACAGGUAAUUAAAAAGACAAAAUACCAUCGUUGCAAAGCUCUACGUACUGUGGGUAAGAGAUGGGCAUUGUGGAUGAUGCAAGUUAGAAAAUCUAAAUCCAUUUACCACACAAUGAACAUGUUCUCAUUGGAUAUAACCAAGAAUUGUCUAAUUGGCCAAUGUUGGGUUCCUAAGAGUGAUUUGGAAAGAGUGAAUGUUGUUUUGGCGGAGGUUUCGGCUAAGAUUGGUACUAAUGUGCCGUCAUUCAUAUCUAAGACGGAGACUUCUGAGGUACCACCAACGUACUUCAGAACCAACAGGUUUACUAACGGAUUUCAAACGCUUAUAAAUGCUUAUGGCGACUCCAAAUAUAGGGAAUUAAAUCCAGGUCUUUACACGAUUAUAACCUUUCCCUUUUUAUUUGCUAUAAUGUUUGGUGAUUUUGGACACGGUUGUAUACUGAUUCUAUUCAGUGGUUGGAUGAUUCUUACGGAGAAAAAACAUAUGGGCAUUCCUUCGGGUAAUGAAAUAUGGAACAUAAUGUUUGGUGGACGAUAUGUGAUAUUUCUGAUGGGUAUCUUCUCCGCAAUACUUGGUAUAUUAUACAACGAUAUAUUUUCCAAACAUGUUUAUUUGAUGGAAUCUUAUUGGAAGAAUACGUUCACCCUUGACGAUCUACAAGCAAGCCCCUAUAUAACUCUAGACCCCGCUUUAGAUACCAACAGACCAUACGCUUUUGGAGUUGAUCCAUUUUGGGGGUUUGCCACUAAUAGUAUUAUGAAUGGUAAUUCUAUGAAAAUGAAAAUGUCUAUCAUUAUUGGAAUAAUACAUAUGAUUUUUGGUCUGACAUUAAGUUUAUUUAAUCAUUUAUAUUUUAAGCGAUAUUAUGCUAUUUAUCUUCAAUUUAUUCCUCAAGUUUUAUUCUUAUGUUGCAUUUUCUUGUGGCUGGUUAUCUUAAUAUACAUGAAAUGGUUCAUGUUUAGUGGAAAAGCGACUGACGUAAAGAGAGGUCCGGGAUGUGCGCCGCUCAUUCUUAUCCUCUUCAUCGACAUGGCGCUAUUCACAACCUCCAAGCCUGUGGACAAGGAUUGUGAUGCCUACAUGUUUGAGAGCCAGCAAUCUUUGCAAAAGUUCCUCCUUAUAAUAGCAUUGCUGUGCGUGCCUAUCCUGUUUUUUGGUACUCCACUCUAUAUUUACGUGAAAAAUCAGAGUAAAAGAAAAGAACUACUGAAAUCAGGAAUCCACAGUAAAUUUAGAAAGUAUCAACAUGGGGGAUCAGUGUCGAAGUCCGAAGAGAGAAUGAAUAGCGAAAUAGCUAAAUAUUCUGUUCCUCUUGGCGAGAUUUUAAUUCAUCAAGCAAUCCACAGCAUUGAGUUUACUCUUAGUACUGUAUCACACACUGCGUCAUAUCUCCGGCUAUGGGCACUAUCUCUCGCUCAUCAACAAUUAUCGAAGAUGUUAUGGUCGAUGAUCAUGGCAAAGUUAGCUUUGAAAGAUCACAGCAGUCUUGCACCAGUGAAGAUAUUUGCAAUAUUUGCUGUGUGGGCAAUUUUUACGGUGUCUAUUUUAGUUGUCAUGGAAGGAUUGUCGGCGUUCCUACAUACAUUGCGUCUUCAUUGGGUGGAGUUUAUGAGCAAGUUUUUUGAAGGCGAAGGUUAUUGUUUUCGACCAUUCAAUUUUAAGGAGUUGUUUACUAAAGAUAAAGACUCCGGACCAGAAGCCUCGUGUAAGAAGAGAGCUGUCGUGGACAUCUAA